CAGCCUCCCCCGAGCAGACGGAAAGAUACGCCAGUCUUCAUCGAUUCAUCGUCUGGAAGAGAUGUGGUCUAGGAAAAUUCGCAGUACGUAGACGCAGACCCGUGUUCGGUUGUGUGUAGAUUGUUCUCCUGACCUGCUGGCACCAUCAAAGUGUUACUACGUUGUGAAAGCAUCCACAAAGCUAGUGAUAACUGAGCAGUCCUGACUCUCAGUGACAGUGAAGUGAGUGAGCUUUCUGAGCGAGGAAGCUUUCGUGUGGUCAGAGAAUGUGAGCAAGAGAAGGUAGAAGGUGAGAGUGCAGUGAGCGUAGUAUUAUUGUGUAACAACAAACACGCCUGUCUGCCUACUCCGUCGGGAUAGACGGCAGAAGGAGGUGAUAUGCGCUUUCGAUGCGUGUAGUUAGUUCGGGAUAUCUUCCUUCACUGUUGGCUGCUGCCAUCCACUUAGAAAACAUUCAUCUGUAGUGGUGGUGCUCCAUCAAAGGCGGCUCUCCAACAAUCACAGACCAUUGAAUCACCACGUCAAGACGAACCGGUCCACCACCGUACCUUUAGCCUAGCUGGUCUGGUGGUGGUGGUGGAGAGCAGUGAGGCGGAGUGGAAAAAAAUGCAACUGCAAAUUCACAGACAGACCGGACGAGGUGCAGAAAAACUAAUGUGUUCGUUUUAAGAAGAGAACUGGAUGUGAUAUUUCGGCGAGGCUCUAGAAGAAGGUGCGCCUUGACGCUGAAAAUUGAAUCAACAAUGGGCCCCAAAUAGAAGUUUGUAGAGCGGAAACUAGUCCUUUUUCGAACAGAAUUACUAUCGGCUGUGUGUAAACAACAUGGAACAAUGAGAAAAAGACUUGUGUUUGUUGAUCAUUGAAACAACGAUAGAGAGCCCGAUCACGAGAAGCAACUAGAACGCAUAGGAAUUCGUAUCGCGAUAUCAAACUUGGCAACACACAACAAUGGCAGCGGUAGUUUACGGCAACAGUCCCCGGCACAGCAGUCGCCAUCACCAUCCGGGUUCCGGGCAGACUCAUCUCGUGACGCCCCACUCACCCUACCAUCAGCAGCAGCACCACUCACUGCCAUCCCAUCACCCAUCGUCGGCGGCUGCAGCUGCUGCGGCCGCAGCACUGUCUCAGCAAAUCAUCACACCGCCAACAUCGUAUCUAUCGACCUCGACGACGACCAUCUCAUCGUCAACUCAUCAGCAGACCAUCUACUAUCAGCAGCAGCAGCAACAACAGCAGCAGCAGCAAGCCGCCGCCAUUCACUAUCACAAUAUGCGCAAUUCUAAACGGAAGUCCGCCGUCGAACUGCUGGCCGAAAGCAAACCGUUCUACGUCAAGUCGGAAGUGGUACUGGACCGACAGCAGCAGCUCAGCAUGCGUAGCGGCGGGUCCGGUCCGGUUUCGGGAUCGUACAUGUUAUCACCCUCGCGCACUCUACCCCAAUCCAGCUCUCAGCUGCAGCCGAUUUUGCACCACACACAGGUACAGCAACAGCAACAACAGCGACCAGCCAGUCGGCGCAGUGCCUCUUCGGGAUCUGACCUACUGCAGACCAAACUACGCAAGCUACUUAACACCGCCGACAGCAAAGAGACAAUAAUUCCCUCGGAGAUAGCCCUCAAUUCUAAAUAUGGUCAGCAACCGCUGGAAACCAGCUACAUCAGUGGAGCUGGUCUUUCCGGGAAUGACUGCAUCAACAACAUCGGCUACAUUCAACCACCGAAAAACUAUCAGCAGCAGCUGACCGUACAUCCGGAACAACCGAGCGAUAUGUCGGUGUUCUUUCCUAGUGCAUUUUUAUCACCUCAAUCUCUCCCGCCCCAUCCCGUGGGCGACGAAGAUCUCUAUCUGUACGGUGUUCACGAUAGUCUGGUACUGACGGAUGAUUACCGCGCUAUAAGCCCACCGGCAGAAUAUGCCGAAAAUUCAGCUUCACCGGAGAAGCGUAAUAGUGGCCAUAGGUGAGUUUUACUCCGUUAUAAAAUGUGAAUCGAAAUUCGAUCUUUUUUUCUGUCAUUUUGCAGCCGCUACAACUACCAGCGCUCAUACUCACACUCCCAGGCGGUAGUCCACCAGGAUGAAUCUGAUUAUUCCCCGACGCAGUCAUAUAACAUCAACAGCCACAAGUCGCUGCCAGAUCUGCACUCGCAGAUCAGUCGCCAUUCGCCGCAUUCAGAAGCACUAAGCUGCUGUAGUCGUGGGAAUCGAUCCAAUCGAUCCGGCAGCUCCUUCAAUCGUGACUCGGGUGGUUCUUCGGGUCAUUAUACCCACCACAGCGAGCCAUGUUGUAAGCAGCAACAACAAUUACAACAGCAACAACCGAAGGAGGCCAUAAUGAUGGGAGGAGGAGCCGACUACCGGCGGGAUAGCGGAUCAUCGACACAGCAUAGUGGAAAUUCAUACUACGCAUACGGAAUUCCGCCGCUACGUUAUGACUGCAUUGAGUGCCGCGCUAAAAUUCGCGAGGAAGCCGACUGCCUUUUGAAUUUCACAACACCCGAAGUUCCAGAAGCCUUCCAGGAUGACUACAGCGAAAAACAAAAGCAAAAAUAUUACGAUGAUGCACGUGAUCGAAGCGCCGCCGCUGCUCGUAAGUACUACAAGAACCACGGACCAAUGUCAUCGCUAUCACCGGUGUCUCCAUUGUCACCACAAGAUCAACAGCUGGAUCUAAGUCCACCGUUGGGCACGUUCAAACGGCAAAAGUGUCUCCGAUUUAAGAAUCGAGGCCGUCAAUCGGCCAUCAGUAACCCCAACUCUCGCUGUGGUGAUGGCCGUGGCAGUACCGGUGGUGAUGACGAUCGUCGACCUAUACUACGCUCCAAAAGUGAUAUCAGCGAUCGUUACUGGAACCGACUAUCAGAACGGAACGAUCGCGAACGAGAGCGGGAACGUGAACGCGAACAGCAGAAACUGCUAGAGAAACAGCGGUCUCGAUCAGACAGCCUUACUCAGCUGGAGCAUUUCUUCGACCGGCUUGGGUUGAAUGAUGAAACUUACGAAAGAUACAUUGCGCCUUCCAAGGGAUCCAAGUCCCCAAACAAUUAUAGAAGUAACUCGGGCAGUGACAUACAUCGGCUUUCGGCUGAAGAUACUGGAGAUUCGGACGAAUCUAGCGCCGUCUUCUUCUCAGACGUUAGCACAAUCGAUUCCACGCGACUGCCGGACAGUACUGAAAUAAGCAACGAACAGCAACAGGCUACCCCAGGACAGUUGACAGGACCGCUGAACACCUUGACCAAUCCAGCUCUCUAUAGGCCAAGCGAACCACCAUCAAUUAUCGAGCGUAAUGCACGAAUCAUUAAGUGGCUGUGCAACUGCAAAAAGAUGCAACUGGCCUAAGGCUGGCUGAACGGAGCGACCCCGAUAGAGGUUGCUUUGUUUUCCUCCCGACUAGGUCGAUUUAGAGCGUUUGAUCGUAGAAAAUAGACAGAAGGAAAUGCCGAAUUCGUGACUGCAACGAUGCAGAAGCGUUUGAUAGCGGUUAAUUAUUAUCACCGGCUAAAAUAUCUAAUUGACGCAGGAUGAUCAUUCGUAGCCCAUCCUAGACCAAGUGAAUUGACUAAUAGAGCAAGCUAUAAAGUGAUCAAAUAGAAAUCAGAAUCAAAAACCAUUCGCAAAGAAAUAUUAAUGCUGUGUAGUUUGACACUAGAAGUGCAACGUCGUUUCCGAACGAACGUUGUCAAUCAUAGUUUAACACUCUAGUGAGCAACAACAAAAUUAUCCGUAGGCACAGAUAUGAAACCAAAGAAAGAAGCAACGUCUCAUUGUUUUAACUGGUUUUAAAACAAUAGAACGAGAAAUCCAAUACAGGAAUUACCGAAGGAGCGAAUCACAAAUCAAAUCAGUAUAAUAAAUAAUCAACAAAAAGUAUAUCAAAACAGUCGACUCAACCGAGCUGUUCUAGCAGUAUAGCAUGUUUAAAACUGUUAUGCCGAGAGCAUACGUUCAGAAAAAAUUCUAACUUCCACCGUAGGGAUCCCCCGAAUUACGAAUGGAAGCUUCAACAAACGAAUCGAUCGCUUAGUAUCGAAUUUUUUCCAUCACUUUUUCAGUUGUUAUAUCAACAGCGUUUGAUAGUGAAAAAAGUAGUAGAUGUUUCGACUAGGAACCGUUUUAGUCGAGAGUAACACUUUAAAGCAACUCAUUUAUGUCGGUACGAGUAGUAGAUUGAGGACCAUCUAUUCAUUUCCGAUAGUGAAUCGAAACGAAACUAUCUCCGUUAGUCACUCCAGAAUCCUCAAUUUCUGAUUCGAUGCGUUUGAAUUAUGACGAUCUGAUAGAACGUCCUAACUCCUAACCAGCACGCGUCUUCGUGGUGCGUGUUACUUUGUAUAAGUUUUGCGCUGAAAUAAUCUAACAAUACUAACAAAAAAAACACAAAUCGUCAAUUUAAUCAUUGCUCAUCUGAAAUAAUUGAUUUACAAAAAACUCACCUUAUUCUUUAUUUGAUUUACUGGCUGUUUCUGACGACUUUGGUUCGUGGCGACCAACAGCAUAACUAUAGCUGACAACCGGACGCACACAUCUAGGAGUAAUACAUCCGAUACAUGUGACUUUAGAACUAUGAUCGUAACAUGUAGAUUCCGUAACUUGAACGGAAGGUAUCGGUCCUAUGCCUUGUUUCGAAGGAUUAUUUGUCUUAUGAGCUAACAAAAAUAUGAAAUGAAUUGAUAAUAUAAUAAAAUACUAUUGACAACACCUGAGUGGCUAGGUUAACUAGACUUUUAAUAUUGCAGCAUAAUGUAUCGAUAAAGAGCAUCUAUAUAUGAAAUCAAUUAAAAAACUAUUUUCUAGUCUAAUAUAUGAUUAAUGAAUGAAAUACUUAAUUGAUGCAAGUAUAUUAUACUACUACAUGCGAAUGAAACGAAUUAUUCAUACUUACUCUAGCGAAUAGACAGGAAAAUCUAAAAAGCGUUGUUCGAAUCGAUAGUAAAUAACACUUAUAAGAAUUCCGAAAAAAAAAUAUUCACAAUUAACGACAGAAUACAAAUAUCGCCAUUCACCCAGCAUAUAAACAAUUACAGAAAUAAAUUCACCUACACACUCCCACACUUUUCCGUUCCUGAACCCUGCGGAAUUCACUCUACAGAUACAAACCAAAUAAAUACUCCAGUUAGCAAACGUGUGAAAACGCAUCCAACAAAUAACUAUUAUGCUACGUAGCUGCAAACUAUAGCGAUUCAAUAGUAACUGUAAUUCACCCCAAAAAUCUGCUACUAUUCAAACGUAGAGAACACAUACACAUAUAAACAUUAAACACAAAUCAGUUCCAGUCUAAAAUAAAGUAAAUCAAAACGUCAAAUCAAACAGAAAAAUUUGCAUAAUUUAAACCCAAUCGCAAUAGCGCAACUAAAACGUCAAGAUGUAGCAAAUAGCAGAAUGGUUAUGAAUAAUUAAAGACAGUUACGAUAGUCGUGUCGUUUUUUUCGAAUGCAACGUACAUCAAAACAAAAAAGUGACAACUGCAAUCUGUACAACACUUAAACGAAACGAUAGAAUGCAAAUAAUCAACAUCGCAGCAGACGGCCCCCGAGGAACAGCGAACCGUGACAGCUCCGUACAGAAAUUACCAGCAGUAUGACGAGUGUAAGAAAUAGGCAAAAUAAUAAAAGUGAACAAGUAUAAUACA